CACCGCGUUACACGCGCUUACACUCACUGUGCAGAUAUAGAGAUAGGUUGCUGCGCUCCUAAGGCUUGCCCCCAAUUCCGCGCGAGAUCUGCAAGACUUGAGCAACCAGGCGUCUAACCUCUCUACGUGUAAUUGCAUCAUAUAGCAUUUGAUCUGUAGCCGCGAAAUACACGGCGGGGCCCCUUCUGGUAGAGCGUUCUAACAAUUGGGUUGAAGCCCUCGCGGGCGCAAGGAGCUAGCGGCCAUGUCCUCAGAGGCGGAGAAGCGUGAGGCGGCAGUCACAGAUUACCGUAAGAAGCUGCUUAAGCACAAGGAGAUCGACACUAAAGUCCGGGCUCUCCGCGAGUCCGUCAAGGACCUGAAGAAGGAGUAUGACAAGACGGAGGAUGACCUGAAGGCGCUACAGAGCGUGGGACAGAUUAUUGGCGAGGUGCUGCGGCAGCUGGAUGAGGAGCGAUUCAUUGUUAAGGCCAGCAGCGGGCCACGCUACGUGGUGGGCGUCCGGACAAAGGUGGACAAGACCAAGCUGACUGCGGGCACGCGCGUGUCUCUGGAUAUGACCACCCUCACCAUCAUGCGCAUGCUGCCGCGCGAGGUGGACCCGGUUGUGUUCAACAUGCUCCAAGAGGACCCCGGCAAGGUGGACUACAGCUCCAUCGGCGGCCUGAGCGAGCAGAUCCGCGAGCUGCGCGAGUCCAUCGAGCUGCCGCUCAUGAACCCCGAGCUCUUCCUGCGCGUGGGCAUCAAGCCGCCCAAGGGAGUGCUGCUGUACGGCCCGCCAGGCACGGGCAAGACGCUUCUGGCUCGCGCCAUCGCCUCCAACAUCGACGCCAACUUCCUCAAGGUGGUGUCGUCGGCCAUCGUAGACAAGUACAUUGGCGAGUCGGCGCGCAUCAUCCGCGAAAUGUUCGGGUACGCGCGCGAGCACCAGCCCUGCGUCAUCUUUAUGGACGAGGUGGACGCCAUUGGCGGGCGGCGCUUCAGCGAGGGCACCAGCGCCGACCGCGAGAUCCAGCGCACGCUCAUGGAGCUGCUCAGCCAGCUGGACGGCUUCGACGUGGUGGGCAAGGUCAAGAUGAUCAUGGCCACAAACAGGCCUGACGUGCUGGACCCCGCGCUGCUGCGCCCCGGCCGCCUGGACCGCAAGAUUGAGAUCCCCCUGCCCAACGAGAACGCGCGCAUGGAGAUCCUGAAGAUCCACGCCUCCAAGCUGGCCAAGCACGGCGACAUCGACUACGAGUCCGUCAUCAAGCUGGCGGAGGGCUUCAACGGAGCCGACCUGCGCAACAUCUGCACGGAGGCGGGCAUGUUCGCCAUCCGGGACGAGCGCGAUUACGUGGUGCAGGAGGACUUCAUGAAGGCGGUGCGCAAGAUGGCGGACGCCAAGAAGCUGGAGACCACACUCAACUACGACUCGGCGUUCGGGGACGGCGGCCAGAAGUAAUGACUGCCAGGUUGGGCUGUGGGUGUGCAGGUGGCUGAAGAGGAAGCGUGGCUUACAGGGUUUGCAGGCAUGUGUGGGGCCGGUGUCUUGGUGGUGAACUGUGGAGGCACGUGCGGGGUUAAGGGCCCUGGGCAGCUGUGCGGGCGUUGCGGUGGAGUAGAAAUUGCUGGCGCUAGACGGCGCUAGAGCUAGGCGAGUAGGCAGGCAGCGGCCAAUGGGUUGAUGCGGGACAGGGGCUCCGGCACCCAGGCAGUCGGGCAUGCAACGCGGGUAUGCAAGGUUUGGGAACGGCACCGCGCGCGCGCGGGCGGGCACGACGGCUGCGGCUGCGGCACUAAGACACCAUGGUCCCGACAACCAACAGAUAGAGUGUAAAGGGAAGGACAC